GUUGUGAUUGGUUUUCAGGGGAGAGAGAAGAUUUGCCAAGGAAAGAAUGCAAGUAUGGUAUUGGAGGAAGAACUUCAAAACUUGGUAGAAAAGCUAGAGAAGUUGCGAAGGUAUUUAGGAGUUAAGGAUUCGGAGGUUCGAAACACUAGUAAUUUUGAUAAACAAGCGUAUCUUCUUCAAAGAAAGGUACAGAAGUUCAGACGAACAUCGGAUGAGAUAUGUGUCAAGGAGAUCCAAGAGAUGGCAGAAGCAAGCUUUUCGAUCAAAACAAGCUAUAGAGUAAAUGAGAACUUGCUUUCGAGUGGCAAAAGUAAUGUAGACAUUCUCAGAAGGAAAAUGGAGGGAUUGUCAAAUGGGAUGCUAUUAGAGAGGAUGAAGGAAGAGUAUGGUUCAAUGCUGUCUACAGCCAACAGUUCUGUCGCCAGUUCUGCCUCUUCUUCCCAGAGAAUUGAAAUUGAAGCCACCAAUUUGUCUUCUUCUUUGAUACAACAAUUUUACAAGGAGAAGGAGUGUCGUGAAGAGAAUGUGUGCUCAGGACGUUGCAAGGCGAUAGUUCGAAGAAUUGUAGAGCAAGUACGAGUUGAGACAGAGCAAUGGUCUCAGAUGCAGGAGAUGCUGGGGCAGGUGAAGGAGGAGAUGGAAGAAUUGCAUGCCUCUCGAGACUUUUGGGAAGAUCGAGCGCUAGAUUCUGAUUACCACAUCCAAUCCUUACAAUCCGUUGUGCAAGAAUGGAAACAGAAAGCUGUCUCAUCUGAAAGCAAAGCAAAGGAGUUGCAGGCACAAGUGUCUAUGCUCCACGGAGAGCUUGAUAGGUUGAGGAAGGAAGCAAUCACAAGAGCAAUGAAGGCCAAUUGUUCACCACUUAUACCCCGGGAUCCACAGAACGAAAUGGAAAAACACGUCCUGAUUUGUCACUUGAAGGAAAAUCAUUGUCCCAAAGAAGGUGGUAGCAAGCAAAGAAAACUAGCCACAUGUACCAACAGAGUGCCUGUUGCUCCAAAAAGAUCACCCUUUCGAGACAUCGGAAACUCCUCAUUGCUGGUGAGGCAGAACAGCAAAGCAGUUUUCCCCUUGCAUUGCCCUCUACCUUCCAAGACAUAGAAAAGCUUUUGAGAUUCGUUACAUUGGAUUCAGCUUGGGAAUCUUGCUCUUUUCUAACCAUAUUAACUGCAGGGGCUCUUCCUCUUUGCUAACCAUAUGAAUUGUACGGCAGAGUUGAAGAUCCAUUUUCUAAUUUCAAUAGUAGAGGAUACCAUUUGUGAGGGUUGGUGAGUUGCAAUCCUGAGUUUUUAAUGUUUGUUGUGGUUUUUCACUUAUUGCAUCAA